UUUGGUUGCUUGACGUGCCUCCCCGAAAUCACUGCAUUGCGUGAGCAUCGCAGCUGAUACUGUUUGUUUUGCAGCGUUUGUUUCGCUUGUUUUUGCGUCUGCCAUCUGCGCCUCAUCGGAAUCAGGCCAGCCAUCGAAGCAAAGGGUUUUGUUUGUUUGUUUGGGCAAGCGCCCAGACAAGGAAGUGCAAAAAAAAACAACUCGGUGAAAUUAAGGUAAUCGUCAGGACGUUGCCCUUAUCGCCCGCACAUCGCAUAGAACCGGUUUUUAGUUACCGGGUGGUAACCGUAACCGGCGUGGUGGAAAAUAAAACACCUUCAACCACGAAACCGGCCAGAGAUCGGUCAGAUAGGACGGAAGAUCUGGAAUAACGUCAGCGGUAGAGCACAACAGCCAGUGAAACGCGGAAGAUAAGCAGGAAUGCUACUCGGCCGGUAAAAAGAAGACGCGCCCAAUAAAAAUCAGGCCGCCCGAUUGACACCCACAUCAUUCGCGCGACAGGCGCGCGUUGGAUAUUAGCAUCAGCCACAACCGAAGCGAAGCAGCGCACCGAGUUUAAGCCGUCCGACGAGUCAGAAGACAGUGAGCAAAGCACGAUGAAUCAGGCACGAUUCGUUGUGGCCGCAUUGAUUGGACUGUUUUGCUGCGCCGCAUCGGUCCACUCCCAAGGAGAAGCCGUUUGGGGAUAUCAGUGUGUGAACGAUCGGUGCGUCAAGACGGCAAUCUCCGAACCGUCCUUUCCACGGGACAAAGCCAUCAGUCUGCCGGCGUGUCGGCUGUUCUGCGGAUCUGGAGCCGGACUGCUGUGGCCCCAGCCGUCCGGUGAGCUGCAGGUUGGCAACGAUCUCGCCCACAUCGAUCCGGACCGGGUGCGGUUUGAGUGGGACGAAAAAUUGCACCCGCUGGUGAGCCUCUGGGAGACGAAUAGGGAUCGAUUCCGGAAGCAGCUAAAAACGCGAGCCCAAGGCAACGCGCUUAAGUCCGGUGGUAAAGCGGUACGCAUCAAGCUUAACGUUGAAGAUGAUUCCCUUGCGCUUAACUACAAAACGGACGAAAGCUACAAGCUGACCGUUGGGGACGGUACGGAUGGCGAGCUGACGGCUACCAUAACCGCCAAAACGUUCUUCGGUGCACGGCACGGACUGGAAACGUUGUCCCAGUUCGUGCUGUACGAUAACAUACGCAACGAGCUGCAAAUGGUGGCUGCGGCGAACGUUUCCGAUGCGCCCGCCUUCCCGCACCGUGGCCUAGCGCUCGACACAUCCCGGAACUACAUCGAUCCGGAAUCGUUGCGCCGCACGAUCGACGGUAUGGCGCUGGUAAAGCUGAACGUGUUUCACUGGCACAUCACGGAUUCGCAAAGCUUUCCGCUGGUUAUCAAAUCACGCCCCACGCUCCACACCUACGGUGCGUACGGCCGGCGCAAUGUGUACACGGCGGACGACGUGGCCCAGCUGGUGCGGUACGCGCUGGAGCGCGGUAUCCGCGUAAUACCGGAGCUGGAUGCACCGGCCCACGUUGGCGAAGGUUGGGAAAGGUUGGGCGUGACGGCAUGCUUCAACUAUCAGCCGUGGGAGAACUACUGUGUGGAGCCACCGUGCGGUCAGCUCGACCCUACCCGGGACGCGGUGUACGACAUCCUGGAGGACGUGUACCGGGAGAUGAACGCCAUGUUUAACCGGUCGGAUGUGUUCCACAUGGGUGGGGAUGAGGUUUCGAUCCGGUGCUGGAACGCUACCGAUGGCAUACGCCGCUGGAUGAAUGGGCAGGAAUGGGGCCUGCAGGAGGCGGACUUUAUGAAGCUGUGGAACUACUUCCAAACGGAGGCGUUGAAUCGGCUGGACAAAACGCUACCGGCAGACGAUAAGCAGCGACCGAUCAUUAUGUGGACGAGCAAGCUGACGGAAUCACCCUAUCUGGAGCAGUACCUUGACAAGGACCGCUACAUCAUACAGGUGUGGACGACCGGGAACGAUAGCAAGGUGAGCAAUCUGCUCGAGAAAGGCUACCGACUGAUCAUGUCCAACUACGACGCGCUCUACCUGGACUGUGGCUUUGCCGGGUGGGUUACGGACGGUAGCAACUGGUGCGCACCGUACAUCGGAUGGCAGAAGGUGUACAAUAACGAUCUGCUGGCGAUCGGUGGCCCAUACGCACAGCAGAUACUCGGCGGUGAAGCUGCCCUCUGGACGGAGCAGUCGGACAGCCACACGCUCGACAAUCGGCUGUGGCCGCGGCUAAGUGCACACGCGGAACGGCUCUGGAGUAAUCCACGGUCCGGGUGGCAAAUGGCCGAAUCGCGCAUGCUGUUGCACCGCGAACGGUUAAUCAUGGAGGGAAUAGCGGCGAACAGUAUUCAACCGAAAUGGUGCCUACAGAACGAGGGCAGUUGUCCGAUCGGUGGCGAUGGGGGACGCUCCUAGACGGUUCGACCCGCAGGCCAGAGCGUACCCCACGACAUUAGAACUGUUAAUUCCCAUUCCUCGCCUUACUCUAAAUUUUUGCUUCCAUUCGCGGGGCUUAACCGGGCUGUAGGCGUUGCGUAGCGUUUGACUUUCGAUCAAAAUUUUAAAUCUGUUUCAUACAAAAGGUUGCGAGGGUGGUUUGAGUAUAUAUAUAUAAAUAAACGAUACUUGUGUUUAUUGUUUA